GCAGGUGCCGCUUUGCCCUGGGCAUGGAGGACGGCUCCAUCCCCGACAGCCGCCUCUCGGCCUCCAGCGCCUGGUCCGACUCCACCGCCGCCCGCCACGGCCGGCUGGGUCGCAGCGAUGGGGACGGUGCCUGGUGCCCGGCGGGCCCCGUGUUCCCAGAGGAGGAGGAGUUCCUGGAGGUGGACCUGGGGCGGCUGCACCUGGUGACGCUGGUGGGGACACAGGGACGCCACGCGGGGGGACACGGCAGGGAGUUCGCCCACGCCUACCGCCUGCGCUACAGCCGCGACCGGCACCGCUGGCUGCGGUGGCGCGACCGCUGGGGCGCCGAGGUGAUCGGGGGCAACGAGGACCCCGAGGGGGUGGUCCUGAAGGACCUGUCCCCUCCCCCGGUGGCCCGGGCCCUUCGUGUCUACCCCCGGGCCCCCCGUGCCAUGAGCGUCUGCCUGCGCCUGGAGCUCUACGGGUGCCCAUGGGAUGCCGGGCUCCUGUCCUACACGGCCCCGCGGGGACAAGCGAUGACCUUUGACCCCGUGCCCAUCGUCCUCAACGACUCCACCUACGAUGGCUCCAGCGCUGGCCCGCUGAAUUUUGGGGGGCUGGGCCAACUGGCGGACAGGGUGCUGGGAUUGGACGACUUCACGCGGAGCC